CAGUGGAGUCAUAUGUUCCUCGCAGUGUGCCGUAGUGACGUCACACCCAAACAAGAAACUGUUUGCUGGUGGUUACUGUUGGAUGUCAGAUAAGUGGAUUUUCUCUUCGUAGCCAGUUUUUAUCACAAUGUCUCAGGAUCCCUGGUUACAGAAUUAUGAUGCCACUUGUCGCCUGGCACAGGAAGUAGCAGAAAACAUUCAUGAAAGGAACAGGCAGCAGAGAACGGGGGGAAACCCUGCAAAGAUCAACAUGACUCUACGGGCAUCACUCCAGAAGCUGAAACAGAACAUUGCCCAGCUCAAAGAGGGUUUGCUGAGAGCUUCAUCAUCUCGGCGCUUAAUGCAGUCAGAAGCUGAUAGGAGGCAGAACCUCGUUGAUGACCUGCUAACUAGAGAGAAGCAGCUCAAUGCCACAUUCAGGGGAGACCAAAUGGAGCCAGAACCUGGCAGAACCAGGUUGAAACUGAUGGCUGGAGGGGCGGGAGCUAGCGAAGGAGUCGCAGCUAACCCCUGGUUGGUCAACGAACCAGAGGAGACCAGAGGGCUAAACUUUGGGGAAAUCAAACAGCAGCAACAGCAAAUCAUUGAAGCUCAGGAUGCAGGCUUGGAUGCACUGGCAGCUGUCAUCAGUCGACAGAAGACAAUGGGCCAGGAAAUUGGCAAUGAGCUGGAUGAACACAAUGAGAUCAUUGACGACCUUGCACAUCUUGUGGACAAGACAGAUGACAAGAUUCGUAAUGAGACACGGAGGGUAAAGCUGGUGGAGACAAAGUCGGCCUCCUGUGGGAUGCUGGUGGUGAUCGUGCUGCUGCUUAUAGCCAUCGUAGUGGUUGCUGUGUGGCCUGUGUAGCUGACGAGGACAGCAGUGGUCAUGGACCUGUGCUGCUGCUACAAUGAGAGUUUGGUGCAGAAUACCAGUCUAAAGCGUUUGCCUACAUAUUGAACACAGGCACACAGUCAAACACUGUCUCUCAUCAGAUUUUUUUCUCAUUCUUUCUCACUGGUGAUUUCCCAGCCAAGGCAAUGUGAGAGGGAGCCUUAACUCCUUCAGCGGUUAAAAUGUUCUGUACAACAUUAGUUGGGACAAUGGCAUUGCUUACCCUGGAUUGGAAUGCAUUGCUUAUGUGUAAAAUCUCCUCUUUAAUAGUUGUCUCGCUCAGUAAGCAAGAAGUCAGUAGCGUUUUCUGGCGUUUUGGAAAACUAAUUUUAGCCUGGACUAAUAAUGGCCUUCAUGCAGGUAGCAGGAGUCUGUAAUCUGAGUUGAAGCUCACACUGGGUACAGUAAUUCUACAAGCUUUGCAGUGUUCACACUCUCUUAUAUUUAUCCAUGUGUUACUGUAGCAGCUGUAAUGUUAUCACUUGUCUUGGGAAUUUAUUAUUUUUCUAGAAUAAUUCUCAGCCAAAACAAACAGCCUGGCUGUGUUACUAACACGGCUGUUUUCCUUGCUUGUAAAUCAAUUCAGCUUGUCUAAUAAAUUACAUUUCCAGUUAA